UGAUCCUGUGUCUUUCUCUAUGAAUCGACGUAGUGUGAGGAGAACUUCUCCUGUACCGUGAGGUUGUUGUAAAGGCAGCUGCAUCCUCACAUUCACCUGCAGCCCACUGGGACCGGCGGAACACACACACACACACACACACACACACAAACACACACACACACACACACACACACAGGGACCGUCCGUCUGUCUGCCUGUCUGUGAGAAAUGAAAUGAGGUUUUUCUCCGUCAGAUUUGCUUGUCUGUUGGCUUCCGUGUGUUUCCUCACGGUCACUUGGAUUAAAUCGAUUCCCAAUGAAGGAGGAUCAGCAGUGCAGCCGGAUCUGCGCAGCCUGUAUGAACGUCUGCUGGCAGCGGAGGUGCUGGGCGGGCAGGUCAGCAGAGAUCUCAACAGCAUCCUAGAGCAGCUAAAGAACAUGUCCCGAGUUCCCAACAUCACUCAUCCAAGCAGUGACAUGACUACCAACACUUCCGCAGUCAGGAGGGUAUUCCCCCAGCCCAGCUUGUACGUCUAUUUGCCCCACCUCGCACAGCAUCCUGACAGUCUUGUACCCAACGUAGUCAUCGGACAGGGACGCCGUGGAGUGUCCAUGGUGCUGGGUAUUCCAACUGUGAAGCGACAGAAGCAAAGCUAUCUGGUCAACACUCUCAGCUCUCUGCUCUACAGUCUGACUUCAUCCCAAAGCCAAGAUCUUCUUAUCAUUGUCUUCGUGGCUGAGACGGACACGGACUAUGUGAGCAGUGUGGCAGAGACCAUCAGGUUGAAUUUCCCAAAAGAGGUGGAGUCUGGACUCCUGGAAGUCAUCGCUCCAUCACAAUAUUACUACCCCAACUUCACUGCACUUAGAGAGACCUUUGGAGACUCCAAGGAACGAGUCAAAUGGCGAACAAAGCAGAAUCUAGACUUCAGCUUCCUCAUGCUUUAUGCACAGGAUAAAGGCACCUAUUAUGUUCAGUUAGAGGAUGACGUUAUUGCAAAGACAGACUACUACAGUGCCAUGAAAACCUAUGCCAACCAGGAAGCCUCCAAGCCAUGGCUUUUCCUGGAGUUCUCCCAGCUUGGAUUCAUAGGCAAGAUGUUUCGAACCAGUGACCUCCUGAUGAUUGCAGAGUUUUUCCUGAUGUUCCAUAAAGACAAACCCAUCGACUGGUUGUUAGAUCAUAUUCUGUGGGUCAAAGUUUGCAACCCUGAGAAAGAUCCAAAAGACUGCAAUCAACAGAAGGCUUUACUCAAGAAGAAGUUCAAGCCCUCACUCUUCCAGCAUGUAGGCCUCCACUCCUCACUGCCUGGCAAGAUGCAGCGUCUGACGGAUAAGGACUUUGGGAAGCAGAAACUGUUUGUGGCCCACAGUAACCCCCCUGCAGAGCUAAACAGCAGCCUGAAACAUUAUCAGCAGCACAGCCUGGAAAGGGCCUAUAGAGGAGAAGACUUCUUCUGGGCAUUAACACCUGUCAAAGGGGACUACAUCCUCUUCAGCUUCCAACAGCCAAUCCACAUAUCCAGGUACCGCUUUCACAGUGGAAAUAUUGAGACCAGUGCAGAUAAAUUCUACAACACCACAGUGGAAGUGCUCCCCAGCAGUGAGUUGACACAAGACAAACUAGUUUCUGGUUCAUCUUCUCCAUUUAAAGUGUCCAGUGAUGGCUUCAUCAUUAUAGCUGAGUUUCAGAAAACUGGUUUAGCAGAGGGAGAGAUUGACACAGCCCUGCAGCCAGUGUCAGCGUUACGCCUGGUAGUCCAAUCCGACUCUGACGUCUGGGCUGUACUGAGCGAGAUACUCAUUCAAAUUUGAUGACGACGGCAGAGACGAAGCUGCUCAGGACGUCUGACCCAGCGUUCCUCCUACAGGACCAGGACUUUUAUGACAGGAACUCUUUUUUUUCUGCGAUACGUUUAUUGAUACCAUGAAGUGCCUUAAUUGACAAUGAAUGUGGUCCGAAGUGAAAGGAGGACCUAGAUGUAACGUUCUGGCCCAGACUGAGCUCACCAUAUUUCAACAGAGCCAUGUGAGCACAUCAGAGAGGUUCAGAGCAGCUGAUCAAGACUCAAAGACUUUCCUAGUAAAUAAUUUAUUAAAGUUUAAUAUUUUGUUGUAAAUAAAGAAAAGACCUCCAGUAGA